GCUUACCUCAAUUAACAAAUUAACACGGCAUUACUCUAAACGAAAUAUUUUGCAUUCUACAAAUUAAAUUAAUAUUGCAAAUAUGAGUGGCAGAUUAGCAACAAAAACUGGCGAGAUUGUCGCUUAUAGUGAGGCUGCCAUCCGCGGUAAUAUUUCUGCUGUAGAAUAUUGCCGUACUUCCAUGGCUGCACUAUCCGGUUGUGCUGCAGGUAUUUUGGGACUGAAUGGACUGCUUGGAUUUUUGUUUUACUUCUUAUCAGUAUUCGUUUUGUGGCUGUUGGUUUUGGCAAAAUCUGGCACACAGUGGCGCAAAUUUUUCAUCAAUCGCCAAAGUUUGCUCACCAACAACUUCAUGGGCGGCUUAUGUACAUACGUGCUUUUUUGGACAUUCCUCUACGGCAUGGUUCAUGUUUAUUAAAAUAGGUUUAAUGGUGUAGAUGCAUAUAACUUUUAUAUUGAACUAAGAAACUAUAUAGGACAUUUAAUAUUCAAAAAUACAACUAUGUGUGUGUAUACCAAGGUA